AUGGACGACGAUUUUGAGGCGAAGAAACUAGUGGAAAUGUGCAGAGUCCGCACAACUCGUGAAGACGGGCCGUCGAUGUAUCCAAGUAAGUAUUAUCAACAGACAAUUGGUCAAUCAGCAACUGACCUGCAUAAAAGUACGUUGCGGAGUGAUGUUACCUCAUUCGGAUCGUGCUUUAUUUCGAAAGAUUCCAUACGAUCUGAUUACGAAGAUCCAUACUGUGAGGACGAAUAUUUGUGGACAAUCGACUCGAAGCGGUCCGGGUCCGAUGAAGAUGAAAAUAUCGAAAGGUUAGCCGAGUAA